AAAGCGCACCAGAGCACCGCCCCACCUUCCUCUCUAGAAGAACCUCUCCCAUCCUUUUCACUUUUUCAGUUUCACUCUCAUUCCCUUCAAUUAAAGAAAACCCUAAUUCUCACAAUCAACAAUUUCAACACAAAAAAAAAACAAUGGCAGCCGCCGCACCACCACCACCACCAACGGCAGCACCAGAACCAACCAACAUGGUACCACUAAAGUCCCCAAUCGGCCACCCAGUCUUCUCCCGUAUCCGCCUCGCGACACCAUCAGACGUCCCAUUCAUCCACAAACUAAUCCACCAAAUGGCCGUCUUCGAACGCCUCACUCAUCUCUUCGCCGCCACCGAGUCAGGUCUCGCUUCCACUCUCUUCAACUCUCGUCCUUUUCAAUCAUUCACAGUCUUCCUCUUAGAGGUCUCUCGUUCUCCAUUCACCGCCACCGCCGCUGCUUCUCCGUCGUCAUCUCCCGAUUUCACUCCGUUUCUCAAAACUCAUAGCCUCGAUCUCCCGAUUGAGGAUCCGGAGAGCUACAAUUUCUCGCCGGAUAUGUUGAACGACGUCGUCGUUGCUGGGUUUGUUCUGUUUUUUCCAAACUACUCGAGUUUUUUGUCGAAACCUGGUUUUUACAUUGAGGAUAUAUUCGUGAGGGAGCCGUAUAGGAGGAAAGGGUUUGGGAGUAUGUUGUUGAGUGCUGUGGCGAAACAAGCUGUGAAGAUGGGUUAUGGUAGAGUUGAAUGGGUUGUUCUUGAUUGGAAUGUGAAUGCUAUCAAGUUUUAUGAGCAGAUGGGUGCUGAGAUUUUGCAGGAGUGGAGAGUCUGUAGGCUUACUGGUGAUGCUCUCGAAGCUUUUGAUAAGGUUAACAUCUAGAGAUUGAUGUUUUUGGUGCUGGAGAGUGCUGAGAGUUAACCAAAUCUAUUAGAUCACUUCCUUUUGCUUUUCAAGCUUUAAUGUUUGCUCUUUGUUUGUUUCCUCUUGUUCUUGCUGUUAUGGAAGUGUUGGCAUUGAUGAUGAUGAUGAUGAUGAUGAUGAUGUAUCUCUCUACUUACUUACUUGAUACUCAAUGAGAAAAACUCUUGUGGAAUGUAUGAAAUGUUUUCAAGUUCUUAGUAGAGUUAUGUAAUUCUGUUUU